AUGGUAAGUUUCAAGACUGCCAUUAGAGAACAAAUGAAAAUGGGCAUUUAUGUUUGGGCCAGCAGCUGCAAUGUUAUGUUUAAGGCAGAAUCCUAUAGAAACUCUAGGAACUGGUCUUAUAUGAAUAAUCUUUGCCGGCCACAAGAUAUGGUUACAAGAGUGAGUUGCAGAAUGGAGCAUGAGCCAUUGCAUCCACCUAUAUCACAAAAGAUGCAUUGGCAGCCUGGCCUCUCAUUCAGGCAUUUUAACUACACUACGAUAAUGGAAAAUAUUCGUUGCAGUGGUGCCUCACUGACCCGGAUCUCGCGAAGUCCUGUCCUCCCUGUGAUCCAGGGAAGUGCCGUAUCUGUUGUAAAACCUUCACCACCGGCUUUUGUUGGAGCCCCAAUGGAGAACAGUAAAGCUUCUUCUUUUAUAAAAGGAUUGGCUUUUCUUGGUGUUAUGAGGACAGCAGGUGCUCCAUUUGAGCGAGUGAAGCUCUUGAUGCAAAACCAGAACGAGAUGAUCAUUUCAGGCCGGCUUCCCAAACGAUAUAACGGAAUAUUCGACUGCUUCGCCACAACAAUCAGAAAUGAAGGCAUACUUUCCCUUUGGAGAGGCAACAUUGCUUUUGUCACUGCAUCUUUUUCCUCUGAGGUCAUUGCUAGGGCCAUACACCACUAUGUUAACGGUCGUGAAGAUAUCGAGUGGACUCACACUAGGCUGCAAGUGGCUAUUUUCCUUUCUGCAGUUGUGAAUCAGUUUCUUGUUUAUCCAUUAAAUUACGCUGGAACACGCAUGGCAAACGAUGUCAUAACAAGCAGUAACUCGAGGGAAAGGCAGUUUAAUGGCAUAUUCGAUGUCUACAGAAAAACGCUGAAAUCAGAUGGCAUAGCCGGCGUGUACCGUGGAUUUAAUGUAAUGAUUCCUAAAAUUGCCGUUUUGAGAGCAGUAACUGCUGUUUCAAAGCCUUGGCAAAAAUUUUUGUUGCACCAUUUUCAGUUGUCGCAGCAUGGCGAUUUACCCGCUGGAUACUGUGAUCAGGAGGAUGAUGAUGACCAGUGGAGCUGUGAAGUAUAG